GAACCCUGACAAGAAAGAAGAAAAAAUCAAGAACCACACUUGUAAACACAGAGUGGCAGGCAAAAUCAUUAAGUAAAAACACUUUUUUUUAACAAACCGAAAAAAUAAAUCUAUAAAAAAACAACAAAUCGCCAAAUAUUUAUUAUAAAACACGACAGAUAUCGACAGAACAGAUAUGGAAGUAAGUUUAGAGCCAUCGAAUGAAGGCGUAGAACAAAAAGAUUGUAAAAAUAAAACGGAUGAAACUAUGACAGAAAUGCAAGUUGUGGUCUUGCCAUCAGUAGUAGAAGCAGCUAAUGGUGCUAGUGCAACGGCUAUAAAUAUAAAUAGUAAUACAAAUCAAAUGGGUGAGAAUGCGAAUGUAGCAACACUCUCGUCGAAAGCUUUAAAAAGAUGCUUAAGUGUGCCAAUACCCAGGUCGCAGCCACCAUCUAGGGAAGUAUCACCAGCACCAGUUUUUAAUAUAUUUGCACCACGCGGAAGACGUUAUUCGGCUAGUUAUAGUCCAGCCAGGGGGUUACCAGCCUCCGGCACCACAGCAGGUUUAAACCCCACAAGUAGUGCAGGUGUUAAUAAUGCUGGAGGCAGAUCCGAUUCAUCACGCUGCGUCACACCACGUAUUUCUCAAUUGCGACAGGAAGAAUGCGUUGAUGGCUUAAAUAUGCGUGAGGUAACCCAUGAGCGAGAAGUUCAUUCGGCCAUACAAAUAUCACAGAGUUGGGAAGAUUUAUCCUUAGUAGCUGAGAAUUGGUCUUGCAAAUCUUCCGAUGAAUUAACUAAUCCUUUACAGGUUAUGGUGAGUGGUGGCAUGAGCAGCGGUAAUAGUUGCUCCAGUCCUAGCCCUACCAAUAAUCGUACUAAUUUACGUCUUCCAUAUGGUUUGUCACCAUCUCCUACACGUCGCAGUACCUUUGCAACACGCCGCUCUAUGUCACCCAUAGCCAUAAGACCCUCACAGUUGGGUCCGGUUAAGAGAAAAUUCGAGUUGGAUGAGGGUUCUUCGAUCAGUUCGUGGGGCUCUUUGUACUCCCAGCCACCGGCAAAGAAAAUGUUUUGCGAAAGUCGUGGCUCUUCACCCAUAUGCCAAUCACCAUCGAGUUCUGUUUGCCCCAGUCCAGAUUCGGGUACUGGUACUUAUGACGGACGUAUUACACCUAAACUGUUGAUAUCAAAACUAUGCACCAAUAAUACAACAAACACAAAUUCUGCUUGUUCCUCACCCAUGUCGGCUUCAUCUUGCAGUGAUGUUAUAGAAUCUACAGUUGCAGCUGUAAGCGCUCACUGUUCUUCGUCUUCAUCCUCCUCCUCUUCGUCAUCGUCUUCUUCGGCAUCGUCAAAUUCUCUGGUGUCUAGCAAUAGUGAACCCAUGAGUAUUGGCAGCAGUCUGGAAGAAACCAUCUCAAUUUCCAACAAAUUGGCUAUACCAGCCAUGCAGGAUGAAUCUACCCUAAUGGAUGUCCUAAAGCCAGACACCACCACACCUGUUAAUAUGGAGGCUUGUACAAAAAUGUUAGUAGAACCUAUGGUCACUAGCACAACCACCACAAAUCCAGCAGUAGUUAUGGAUGAAAAAAUGUAAGCAAGUGUUGAUGUUUAUUAUAAAAAAAACAAAAAUACAUAGAAUUUAGUUAGCCUUUAUUUAAAAAACCUAUUAUAAUCCCAAACAAAAUUAAGCGUAAAUGUGAAUGUGAUGUUCUACAAAUAGACAGGGAGGAGUGCAAGUGAUUUCAAAAUUAUAAGUUUUUUCUCUUUAAUCUAUGAAACAGUUGAUUUUAAGUUAAAAUUUUUAUCAUUGAAAUCAUUUGUUCAUCUCUCUCGCUAUCUUUGAUACAUGAAUAUUGAAUUGAUAUUUAAAAUUUAAAUAUAAAAAGUAUUGAUUGAUAAAAUGAUAUAAAUAUUCAAUUAACCUAAUAAUUAGCUAACAAAUGAAAGCCUAUCAGUUUUUAAAUAAUUAUUUGUAUUGAUUAUCUAGUUGCAAUACAAUAACGGCUUUAUAAAAUUUCGAUAUCGAAACUAAGUGCUGAAAUUUUUGUUCAAUAUUUUAAGACAAGAUUGAAAAAAUCGGCUCAGUUCAGUAAAAGAAUCUAACUUUAAAAAAUGUGCUCGUCAAAUUUAAAAUCUUCUAAAAUUGAAAAUUAUCUUAAGUCAAUUUUUAAAGAAGUUUCUUGAUAUAUGAACCGAUCUUAAUAGAUAUUAUCUGACUAAAACCAAAAGAUUUAUUUAGAAGAUUUUCGUAAAAUAUAUUUCUGAAAUCAAAAAAAUUUACUAAAAUUUAAAUUUUUACAAAAAUAAAAAUAUUUUUAAGCGCAUCCCGAUUUCAUAGUUAACAUAAUAAGGUUUUUUAUUUCAAACUAUAUUAAAGAUUUUAUAUUCGAUAGCUCUCUUUAAACGAUUUAAAAAAUGCAAGACACUGAUACGCUUUUAUUUGUUACCUUUUAUAAAUAAAAACAAACAUAAUUCAAUAAAUAUACCCCAAAAAUAUUAAAUAUACUUAACUAUAUUAUUAUUAAUAUUAAUUUUAUUUGUUUAUAUUUAGUAUGUAUGUAUGUAUAAUGUUAAUUUUCUUUUAGUUUCUAGUUAAAUAUAUUAAAAAUCCUGUAUUAAGUAAUUCAUCUUUAAAUUUACAAAACAUGAUUUGUAAAAUCCCAUUAUUAUAUUUGUUAAGUUACACAUUUUGUUUUAUGUAUGCC